AUGAGUAACUUUAGUUUAGUAUCAGUUUUGCAACCAUGGCGUGAACGUCUCAUGGCUUCUAGGAUAUUUAUGCGCUACGAUUAUGCUUGGAAAGAAGGAGAAUUUCAACAGGCAGAACAUCGGAUUACAGGUAUUGGCUGUCGUCUUCUGUACCUUUACGCGUCUUGGAUUGCAACGUAUAAUUACAAUAGAGCCACGAAUAAUGCUAUUUCCUUAAGAAUCAAGACGUUUAUUGAGUCAAAUGGCUUUUUGGAGUUUGAAAAAAGACUGGGCAAAGCUUGUGAGCUUAUGGGAUACGAGAUGAUGGAUGAUCCAUUGGAUGCAGACUUGAUAUUUGUAUACGUCGCUCCUCCUGGAGAACAACGAAGAGGUAAUGAGAGUCAAUACAAGACUUUUCAAGCUGUAGUUGAACACUCGAAAAGUCGAGAACCAGAUGGAAAGCCCAUGUUUUGUUUCUUGAUGGGCAAUGCAGCUUUUCUUCCACUUUCUAAGACAAAGGAGGAAGAUAAUAUGAGAAGUCUGAGUGACUUUGCAAUUACCCAGGAAUUUGCUCCUAUUGCUCGUGAGGCAAAUUAUGGAUCAAUAGCACAAUUUGCCGUCGAGUUUGUGCCCAAGAGUACGGACAAUCUGAGUAAAGAGUAUAAAGAAGAAAAAGCGAGAACAUUGGAUUCAUUGAUGGGCAAGUUUGGAUGUGUAGGCCAAAAUCUCAUGCAUUACACUGAGAAGUGGGAGUUUUAUGCUUGUUGUGACAGUGUUUUCUGCCACGAAGAAGACGAUCCGAAGGGAGUGACACAUCCAAGUGAGGACGAUACAAUGUUUUGGUUUAAAGAGACGAAGGGUAAGACGUGUGACGAAUGCCAUACGCCAAGUAAUAAGCUGUCAAGAUGUGCGAAAUGUCGUGAUGCUGAGUAUUGCUCACGGGAUUGUCAGAAAGCAGCAUGGCGUUUGCACAAACGAUUGUGCUGCAAAACACCUGAGCAGAUCAGUGCAAAGUAA